GCCUCCCCCUCCCCAAUCUCCAUCCCCCGCCCUCCGGGCUCCUGCUCCCGGGAGCCCCGCAAACCCCGCUCCGCCCGCGCCCCGCACAGCACCGAGGUUCCCAGCCCGGUCCGCCCCGCUGCCCCUCCCCGGGGCCAUGGGGGCACCCCCGGGCUACCGACCCUCUGCCUGGGUGCAUCUCCUCCACCAGCUGCCCCGCGCCGACUUCCAGCUCCGCCCGGUGCCCAGCGGCUUUGCUCCCCGCGACCAAGAGUACCAGCAGGCCCUGCUGCUGGUGGCAGCCUUGGCUGGGCUUGGUUUAGGCCUGAGCCUCAUCUUCAUUGCUGUCUACCUCAUCCGCUUCUGCUGCUGCAGGCCUCCAGAACCGCAUGGGGCCAAGAGUCCCCCACCCGGAGGAGGCUGUGUCACCUGGAGCUGCAUCGCUGCCCUUCUCGUGGGCUGUGCAGGCAUUGGCAUUGGUUUCUAUGGUAACAGCGAGACCAGCGACGGGGUGUCCCAGCUCAGCUCAGCACUGCUGCACGCCAACCACACACUCAGCACCAUUGAUGAUGUGGUGCUGGAAACGGUAGAGAGGCUGGGUGAGGCAGUGAGGACGGAACUGACUACCCUGGAGGAAGUGCUGUCAGACCGCAUGGAGCUGGUGGCUGCCACUCGGGGAGCCCGAAGGCAAGCUGAAGCUGCAGCUCAGCACCUGCAAGGACUGGCCUUCUGGCAAGGAGUGUCCCUGAGCCCAGUACAGGUGGCUGAAGAUGUGACUUUUGUGGAGGAGUACAGGUGGCUGGCCUAUGUCCUCCUGCUGCUCCUGGUGCUCCUGGUUUGUCUCUUCACUCUCCUGGGCCUGGCAAAGCAGAGCAAAUGGCUGGUGGUUGUGAUGACUGCCAUGAGUCUCCUGGUGCUUGUCCUGAGCUGGGGUUCUAUGGGCCUAGAGGCUGCCACAGCUGUGGGCCUCAGUGACUUCUGCUCCAACCCAGACACCUAUGUGCUGAACCUGACCCAGGAGGAGACAGGGCUCAGCUCAGACAUCCUCAGCUAUUAUUUCCUGUGCAACCAGGCGGUCUCCAACCCCUUCCAACAGAGGCUGACUCUGUCCCAACGUGCUCUAGCCAGCAUCUACUCUCAGCUGCAGGGCCUGGAGCGGGAAGCUAUCCCUCAGUUUUCUGCUGCACAGAAGCCCUUGUUAUCCUUGGAGGAGACGCUGAACGUGACAGAAAGAAGCUUCCACCAGUUGGUGGCGCUGCUGCACUGCCGCAGUCUGCACAAGGACUAUGGCUCAGCACUCCGAGGCCUGUGUGAAGAUGCCCUGGAGGGCUUACUGUUCCUGAUGCUCUUUUCUCUCCUGUCUGCGGGGGCUCUGGCCACCACUCUAUGCAGCCUGCCCCGUGCCUGGGCCCUCUUCCCACCCAGUGAUGACUACGAUGACACAGAUGAUGACGACCCUUUCAACCCUCAGGAAUCCAAACGCUUUGUGCAGUGGCAGUCUUCCAUCUGAGCCUCCCCUCCAGCCUGGAGCCUGCAUCUCCUCUAUGCUCCUUUCCUGGCUGCUGGAGAAGGCCCCACUAACCUGACCUUGACUGGGCUCUGACCACUAACACUGCUGGCUAUGGACACCUCACAUAGGAUGGCAUCCUGCUCUGGGCCUAACAUUCCCCUAUCCCCAUUUCUCCUUAGCACAGGGGAUUGGUGAGGUGGCACAACAGGGACCAGGGAUGGCUAGGAAGGGGGCUGACCUAUACAGCCUGGUGUUCCUCACCUCUAGCUACCAGUCCUGUCCUCAGAGGGAUGAAGCUGGAGGCAGGUACAGGCAUGUCCCUAUUUCCUGCCAUAUCCCAGCGAUCUCAACCUAUGGCACUAACUUGGAAGAGGGCUGAUUUGAAAUAAAAGGGAAGACUUUAUUUUACAAGUAGCUAGGUCCUUCUUAUCACCCCUGUCCCCAGCUACUGGGAGAAGGAAGUCCUGCCUGGGCUAGGGAUCCUCUUCCUCUGGUGGUUGAAAGGCAACUCUCCUCUUGCCCAGGCUCAGCACUGCAUUGCUUCUGAAAGUAACAAGUGAAUCACGACAAGGAGGAAGAAGCAGAUCCUGGAAGAGAAUAAGUCUAGCACUAAAUCUAAACAGGCGAGCAUCCACAGGAACAGUCAAGCUUCCAGUCCCGUGGAAUGUCCAAAGCCUGCUGGGUUUGGGAAUGGUGUGGAAUCUACCUGCUUCCUAGCAGCUCACACCCAGUACAAGAUGCCAGAAAACCAACGCUUGUAUCAGGAUAGGGACAGAAGUCUUCAGAGAGAAAAUAGAAUAUUUGCUUGUAGUGCCACCAGGGUGAUGUGAAGGGGAAAGGUUUAAGAUAUUAUAAAUCCAGACAGGAAAAGAUGAGGCACUCAAUAAGUUAUCAAGUAAAAACAAACAUGGCAGAGUCAAAAGGGAAAUCUAUUGUCUGGGGAACAAUACCUAUGUAGUUCUCGUUUUAAAAAAAAAAAAAAAAAAAGAGCCAGGCAGUGGUGGCGCACACCUUUAAUCCCAGCACUUGGAACA